AUGGUAGCUUCCGAGUUCAACUAUUUACUCAUAACGAGCUUAAACAACGAUACACAUAUCAAUGUAAGCAACUACCGCUCAAAAAAGUCAAGUGUUCAUGAAACCAUUUCAAGAUUAGAGAGUUACACCUUAAAAACCAUAGAAGACCCACAACUAGCUACUGUAACGAGCAGUAAACCAGUUAACGUUGUCGUUGGAAGUAUGUGCACGAAUGUCCCAAACAGUCAUGGAAAUUGUGACACGAUGUACGACUCACAAAUACCGGUUACAUUUUUGGGGAAGAAUUUCAUUGUUCCUCCUUUAAAACCUAAAAACGGUUACUCUAUUCGUCUAUACCCUAGAACAGAAAACACGACUGUGAAUGUAGAAUAUUACAACAAUACUGUGCGCAGGAAUAUAACUUUUAAGAACAUGAAAGAGUUAUUGAUGGGAACAGACCCGACAGUUAUCCUAUCAGAUCAACCAGUAAAUGUAGUGCAAUAUGGAUUUACUGAAUACGGUGAUCUAGGCGAUUCAUUUAUGACGUCCGUGCCUGCAGUUACCCACUUCAGCAAUGACUACGUUUUCGCGACACCGUUUCCAGACAAAAAUUUUACCUACCGACUAGCAAUUACAAUAGAAAGGAGCCAUUUGGACGGACUUCUGCUCAGUGGUAAAAACGUUUCAGGUCUACCGUUCGUUGGGAAGUGGACUCCAAGUUCGCCUUUCGACAACUAUACAGUAUUUACACUAGAAAUACAACCGGGCGUGCAUAUACUUCGACACAAGUUAUUGAACGUAAAAUUCGCGGCAUUAUUGUACGGUUUGAAGGAGUACUAUGGAUUUGGACACAGCUUGGGGUUUUCCUUCCCUGUUGAAAAUCCACGUACCUGUCAAAAUGGCGGAUCUUGUACAAGAGACGGAAAAUGUUUAUGCCUUGCGGGAUUUACCGGCGACAGUUGUGUCCAUAGUUUGUUACUUAUUCUAGUGUCUCACUUUUCUUCGUGUUUUUAAUUCAGCACUGCUACAUUUUGUCUUUAAUCAAAUGACGUUAUAAAACAGCGUUUCUUUGUAAUCAAAUAACCAAAAACAAAACCUAUUUCGAAGUUCUGUUAUUUGACAAAUGGAUAAUUUUGCAUUGACACUGACCCUUAGUGAGCGGCAAGACAUUCAAUUAAGAAAUAAUAAGUUCCCAAACGUGGUUUAUCGUAGAAUAACCCGAGUUUUGAGUUCA